CCAUUAACCCCAUUUUCAAACAUACAUGUAGAAAUUUUCUCUCUUUCUUUUUCUCUCUCUCUGUGUAUACAAACUUCAUACAUAUUCAUAUAUGCAAAGUGAGUGAUCUUUUUUUUGGAGAAUCGGGUAUUGCUUUAUUGAUUUGAUGGUAUUGGAAUUUUGAUUUUCAAGAUUCCAUUCAAUUUUUCUUCUAUGGGUGUUUAGAAGGAUUUAAGCUUUUAGAGUUUUGAAGUGGGGAAAAUAAGGUUUCUUGAAGACUUUGCUGUUGUUGGCUUUAAGUCCAAAGGCAAUGAAUUCUUCAACAUAUACUCAAUUUGUUGCCUCUAAAAGGAUGGGUAUAUGUGACCCAAUCCAUCAGAUUGGCAUGUGGGGAGAUUUCAAAGGUAGCAGUUUCCCAGAUACCUUGAUUCUUGAAGUCGAGAAUUGCCUAGAGAAUGAGAUGCCUAUUAUGGAGAAAAGACUAGAGAAUGAGAUAGAGGAACCAUCACAAGUGACUGUUGGAACGUCUAACAGAUAUGAACCUGAAACAACUAAACGUAUUGAUAAGGUGCGUAGACGCCUUGCACAAAACCGCGAGGCUGCUCGUAAAAGUCGUUUACGGAAGAAGGCCUAUGUCCAGCAGUUGGAAAAUAGUAAACUGAAGCUGCUUCAGUUGGAACAAGAACUAGAACGUAAUAGACAACAGGGUCUGUAUGUAGGUGAUGGUUUAGAUGCUAGUCAGAUAGGUUGCUCUGGAACAGCAAAUUCAGGAAUAGCUUCUUUUGAAAUGGAGUACGGCCAUUGGGUGGAAGAGCAAGAUAGACAAACAGAUGAUUUAAAGAAUGCUCUGAACUCCCAAAUGGGUGAAAUAGAAUUGCGCAUUCUUGUCGAGGGUUGCUUGAAUCACUAUUUUGAUCUCUUUCGCUUGAAAGCUACAGCCGCAAAUGCUGAUGUUCUCUACCUUAUGUCUGGCACAUGGAAGACAUCAGCUGAGCGUUUCUUCUUGUGGAUUGGGGGGUUUCGCCCCUCCGAACUUCUAAAGGUUCUCACGCCACAUGUGGAACCAUUGUCAGAUCAACAAAUCCAGGAGGUUAGCAACCUCACCCAGUCUUGUCAGCAGGCAGAAGAUGCAUUGUCCCAAGGAAUGGUAAAACUCCAUCAGAUUCUUGCUGAGGCUGUUGCAGCUGGUACACUAGGCGAAGGGAUUAUCCUUCCACAGAUGACUGCUACCAUUGAGAAGUUGGAAGCUCUAGUUAGAUUUGUAAAUCAGGCAGAUCAUCUUCGCCAAGAAACCCUUCUACAGAUGUCCUGCAUACUGGCUCCGCACCAAUCAGCUCAGGGUCUCCUUGCCUUAGGAGAGUACUUUAAACGUCUUCGUGCUCUUAGCUCACUUUGGGCUGGUCGUCUUUCUGAACCGGCUUAAAGAAGUAAGAAACAACCGUUAUAUAUGCUACCUGGGGUUUUCAACUUUGCCAAGCAAAGCUGUGUGAGCUAAAAUCUGCCUUGUGUUGCCGGUAAAAACUAUGAGUUGGCGCUCAUUCAGACACUGCUUCAUCUCUGAUUGAAAUCUGUAUAUAAGUUCUGCUAUGCUGUAAUUGGAACUUGGAAAUUGCGUUUAUUUUCUUUUCACAUUGGUUUUGAUGAUUGUAAAUCAAUAUGGUAGAGGUUAUUGGCAGAGUCUCCUGAUGAAAGUUACUCCAAGUUGUGCCUCUCUGUAUUUAAUUGUCUAUGAUGGGAGCCAAGCAAUUUUGAAUGAUUUGCAGAUAAACAACUGCUAUAAAAUGAAAGAAAACAAUGAUGGCAUGAGCCAAUAUUUUGUUGUUACUA